AUGCCUGUGCGUCCAGCGAGCGGCAAACAUGAACCCCCCCAAAUUCCACAGCAGCAGCAGCAGCAGCAGCAACAGCAGUCUCCUGCCACACACACACACGCACGCACACACACACACGCACACACACACACACACACACUCGCUCUCCAGCAGCCGCCGCUGCCACCGCACUGCCAAGCCAACGGCAGACAGGGGGACAGUGCAGACGGUUCCCACGACGACGGUCGCCGCACGCCGGCCGGGCUGAUGGAGGAGUUGCCGAGCAACACGGUCGUGGUCCGCAUCGGGAUCCCCGACCUGCAGCAGACGAAAUGUAUGAAGUUUAACGUGGCGGCCCCCAUCUGGCUGUCCAAGCAGCGCAUCCUGUGCACGCUGAACCAGAGUCUAAAGGACGUGCUCAACUACGGACUCUUCCAGCCCGCCCACAACGGCAAGGCCGGCAAGUUCCUGGACGAGGAGCGCAUGCUGAGGGACUACCCGCUGCCCUCCCUCACCUCCGUGCCCUACCUGGAGUUUCGCUACAAGAGGCGUGUGUAUACCCAGACGCACCUGGACGACAAGCAGCUGGCUAAACUACACACCAAGGCGAACUUGAAGAAGUUUAUGGAGUAUGUUCAACAGCGGAAUAUUGAGAAAGUGUCCAAGUUUCUGGAGCGAGGCCUUGACCCCAACUUCCACGACCUGGACUCAGGAGAGUGUCCCAUAAGUAUGGCGGCCCAGCUGGAGGGGUGUGCUGAGCUCAUCAAGAUUCUGAAAAGUGGAGGAGCCCACCUGGACUACCGGACCAAGGAGGGGGUCACCGCCCUGCACAAGGCCGUCCGCACCAAAAACCACACCGCUCUUAUAACCCUGCUGGACCUAGGAGCGUCUCCAGACUAUAAGGACAGCCGUGGCCUGACGCCCCUGUACCACAGCGCCAUGGUGGGGGGAGACCCCUACUGCUGUGAGCUGCUGCUGCACGAUCACGCCCAGGUGGGCUGUGUGGACGAGAAUGGCUGGCAAGAGAUCCACCAGGCGUGUCGCCAUGGCCACGUGCAGCACCUGGAACACCUGCUGUUUUAUGGAGCAGACAUGAGCUCCCAGAAUGCCUCGGGGAACACUGCCCUCCACGUGUGUGCGCUCUACAACCAGGAUAGCUGUGCCAGGGUGUUGCUCUUCAGAGGAGCCAACAAAGAGAUCAAGAACUACAACAGCCAAACUGCCUUCCAGGUGGCCAUCAUUGCUGGGAAUUUUGAUCUGGCAGAUAUUAUUAAGAAUCACAAAGCAUCAGAUGUUGUGCCUUUCAGGGAAACCCCGUCGUACACCAACCGGCGCCGCGUGACCGGCACCCUGACCUCGCCGCGCUCGCUGCUCUUCCGCUCCGCCUCCGACAACAACCUGAACGGAGACGGACGUCCAGCCCACUCGCCCGUCCCCUCGCUACGCAGCCUGCCCCCUCUGGCUCAGCCGCCGGGCACCGCCCCGGACGCCACCACGGCCGACGGCAGUCUGCAGAGCACCGGCAGCUCCCGCUCCUCCCACACGCACACACACACGCGCUCACCCUCGCUGCAGCGCGUCUCCGAGGAGCCCGACAAGCACACGCUGCGGCGACACCCGCACGGGCACAGCCGCGGACGCCUCAGCCCCGGGUCGGUCCAGAGGGAGCCCAGCCCACCGCCCCCGACCCCCGCCGCCCCCUCGGCCGCCCGCGGCCCCAAACGGAAACUUUACAGUGCCGUCCCAGGCCGCACCUUCAUCGUGGUCAAGCCGUACGCACCGCAGGGGGAGGGCGAGAUACAGCUGAACCGUGGCGAGAGAGUCAAAGACAGCUACAUUAACCAGGUAGAAGUGUUAAGUAUUGGUGAAGGAGGAUUCUGGGAAGGCACGGUGAAGGGCAGAACUGGCUGGUUUCCUGCAGAGUGUGUGGAGGAGGUGCAGAUGAGGCAGUUUGACCCAAGACUAGAAACCCGGGAAGACCGCACUAAGAGGCUGUUCAGACACUACACUGUGGGCUCCUACGACAACUUCACCUCAUACAGUGAUUACAUCAUCGAGGAGAAGGAUGCCGUGCUGCAGAAGAAGGACAGCGAAGGAUUCGGCUUUGUGCUACGAGGAGCCAAAGCUGAGACUCCCAUCGAGGAGUUCUCCCCCACCCCUGCCUUUCCUGCCUUACAGUAUCUGGAGUCCGUCGAUGUGGAGGGCGUGGCUUGGAGGGCGGGCCUACGCAAUGGGGACUUCCUUAUAGAGGUGAACGGGGUCAAUGUGGUCAAAGUGGGCCACAAGCAGGUGGUGUCACUGAUUCGGCAGGGGGGCAACCGGCUGGUGAUGAAGGUGGUGUCCGUCAGCCGCAAGGCCGAGUCAGAGGAGGUGGUGCGCAAGAAAGCCCCCCCACCCCCUAAGCGAGCCCCCAGUACGACCCUCACACUGCGCUCCAAAAGCAUGACUGCUGAACUGGAGGAACUGGCCUCAGCUAGGAGAAGGAGAGGAGAAAGGCUCGAUGAAAUGCUAGCGUCUCAGGAGGCUAGUCUGAGGCCUCAGGUUGAAGCUGAGUACAGAACAGCAACGGUCAAGCAGAGGCCAACCAGCCGCCGUAUCACACCAGCAGAGAUCAGUUCCCUUUUCGAGCGGCAGGGUUUGGCUCUGCAUGGAGCGCUGCACCCAGGCCUGGACAGACACAUACAGCUGGCUAAAGGCAUGCCCCGUACCAAGAGCUUCGGAGCGACAGAGGAGGACCGUUUAUCAGCGCUGGCGGCAGAGCACCGGUUUCCUCGGAGCUCGUCGAUGACGGACACACUGCGCGAGUCCCACCACGGCAUCCCGCCUCCUCCCCAGACGGCCCCCCCUCCUCCCCCCUCCCUCUACUACCUGGACACGGGGCCGCCCCCCUCCUUCUGCCCCCCACCCCCACCCAGCCGCCUUCACGACCCCUCCCGCUCCAGCUUCCGCCCCGGGUCCGAGCCCCGCCUGCACGCCAUCGGCCUGCCCCCCGGGGUUAGUGCCGUCAGCAGCAGCAGCUACGGGCCGACCCCCGUCUUCUCCCGCUCGUCCACCUCUCCGGGCCCCCCCCACCACCAUCCGCCCCCCCACGCAGAGCGCCAGAAGAAAGCCCACUCCAUGAUCCUGCUGCAGGACUCCCAGCACCUGCCCGUGGAGCCGGGCGCCCUCCCACGGCCCUCGCUGGCCCAGGCUCCCGCCACGCCACCCGACAAGCUGAAACGCAAGGGUGGCCGCGUCAUCGACAACCCCUACGCCAACGUGGGGCAGUUCAGCCUGGGCCUCUUCACCCCUUCUGCCCCCUCCAAGCCCCAGCGACGGAAGAGCCCGCUGCUCAAGCAGCUGCAGGUUGAGGACUCAAUCCAGGAGCGGGCAUCGCUGGCACUGGGCUCGGCACAUGGGCACCACCGGGAGCUGUCACCCACGGGCAGACUGGCGGCGCACCACACCAGCCGGGUGGAGUUCUAUCAGCAGCAGCUGGCAGCCCAGGAGGAGGCUCUGCUGCAGGUCAGCCGCUCCCGCGCGGGGCGUGGCCCAUUUGCGGCGGCCAUUGCCGGCGCGGUGAAGGACCGUGAGCGUCGGCUGGAGGAGCGCCGCAAGUCCACCGUCUUCCUGUCUGUCGGCACCAUGGAGGGCAGUAGCGGCGCGGCGGCGGAGCUGAUGGCGGGCGACGUGCCCUCGCUCAUCCAGUCGCGCUCCAUGGACGAGCGCAUGCUGACCCGCGACCAGGUGCCACUGCCACCUCCGCCGCCCGCCCUGGCCCUGCGCCAUGCCCCCGGGGGCACCACCUUCAUCCACCCGCUGACGGGCAAACCGCUGGACCCCAACUCUCCGCUAGCGCUGGCGCUGGCCGCACGGGAGCGGGCGCUCAGCUCGCAGGCCCAGUCGCCCGCCAGCAGCCCCGAGCCCCGGACUACGCUCGAGUUCCAUCCCGAGCACGCACACACCAAAGAGGCGGAGCGGGCGGUCAGCACGGGAGGGGAGGGGGGACGAGACUCGCCCUCCUCCUUCUACUCGGCAGCCAGUAAGGUGCAGUGGGCAUCGCCCACGUCGCUGCGGAGGGAGAUGGAGGAGCGGCGGGAGGAGCGGGUGGCGCCGCCGCCGCCAGCGGAGGACAAGAAGAGCAUGCUCAUCAGCGUCAUGGACACGUCGCAGCAGAAGACCGCCGGCCUCGUCAUGGUCCACGCCACCAGCAACGGCCAGGCCGUGGGUCUGGCACCAGAAGAACCUGCCCGAGCCUCGCCCACCGAACCCAAACCUGCUCCGUCGGCCCCGAGUCCCGAUGCCACCACUGCUGCUGCUGCUGCGGGCACCUCCACCCCGACCCGUACCCCCACCCCCACCUCCGUGCCCACGCCGACCCCCCAGCCCCCACCCAGCCCGGCCACGGAUAAGACGCUGGCGCAGGGUAGCUCAGAGGAGGACGUGGAUGCCUACGGGAGUGUGGGCCUGCCGCCCGCCAUGCUGUCGUCCAGCGACGAAGAGACACGUGAGGAGCUGCGUAAGAUCGGCGUGGUGCCGCCACCCGACGAGUUUGCCAACGGCCUCUUGGCCAGAGAGCAGGCUGCAGCAGCCGCCACUGUGCCCACGGCGACCACAUCACCCACAGCGACCAAAACCCUCGCAGCCAAGACCCCUGCUGCGCCUCCACUCCCUGGCACACCACUGGCACCCAUCGCCACGGCAGCGACAGCAGCCAGUGUAGCCCCCACCCCAACCCUCACCCCCACCUCCGCCGUCUCAGGGAAGCCUCCGGAAGGCCAGCUGGUGGCAGAGUCGGCGGCGGAUUCGGGCGUGGAGGAGGUGGACACGCGCAGCUCCAGCGACCACCACCUGGAGACCACGAGCACCAUCUCCACCGUGUCCAGCAUGUCCACGCUGUCCUCGGAGAGCGGCGAUCCCACCGCCGACACCUACAGCUCGCACGCCGACGGACACACCUUUGUCCUCGACAAGCCACCAGUGCCUCCCAAGCCAAAGCUCAAGUCCCAGCUCAGCAAGGGGCCCGUGACCUUCAGGGACCCUCUGCUCAAGCAGUCGUCUGACAGCGAGCUGCUGUCCCAUCAGCAGGCCUCCGCGCUGGCCGCCGCCGCGGCCGCCUCACAGGCCUCCUCCGCCUCCGGCCUCGGCCUCGGGCUCGGGCUGGGCCUGGCUCUCGGGCCUGGACCCAGCCGGCCCCGCUACCUCUUCCAGAGACGCUCCAAGCUGUGGGGAGACAGCGGGGAGACGCGGGGUGGCGGCGGCAGCCCCAGCCCUGAGGAGGGCAAGCCCACUGUGAUGAGCGAGCUCAGCUCUCGUCUGCAGCAGCUCAACAAGGACACGCGCUCGCUGGGCGAGGAGCCGCUCGGGGGAGCCGCUGGCGCACUCGACCCCGGCAGGAAGUCGCCUAUCUCCGGCGCCAGACUCUUCAGCAGUCUAGGUGAGCUCCACACCAUCUCCCAGCGGAGCUACGGGACCACCUACACCAUCCGGCCCGGCAGCCGUUACCCGGUGACCCGCCGCACCACCAGCCCCAGCGGGGGCUCCCCUGACCGCUCCUCGGACCCGCUGGCGCCGCUGCGGGGUUACGGCCUGUCCACCUCACCGCCCCCCUCCGCCCCCCCGCCCCCCACCAUCCUCAAGUCGUCCAGCCUGUCCCUGCCACACGAGUCCAAGGAGGUGCGCUUUGUCAUGCGUAGCUCCAGUGCCGCCGGACGCAGCCGCUCCCCCUCCCCCUCGCCGGCGGCCACUCCGCUGGGCUCGCCGCUGCUGCUGGCGCUGCGGCCGUUCCACCAGAAGCCGCUGCACCUGUGGAACAAGUACGAUGUGGGCGACUGGCUGGAGAGCAUCAACCUGGGCGAGCACCGCCAGCGCUUCCAGGAGCACGAGAUCGAGGGAUCGCACCUGCCCGCGCUCACCAAGGACGACUUCGCUGAGCUGGGGGUCACGCGUGUCGGACACCGCAUGAACAUCGAGCGCGCGCUCCGACAGCUGCUGGAGAGUUGACCCCCCCCCCUCCCCAACCCUCCGCCGCCAAACACCCCCAUUGGCAAACCUGCAGAACGCCGGCCACCUACCAACACACUCACAGAAAACACACACACACACACACACACACACACACACACAAACACACACAUGGAAUCCCUGCCCGGCUAGCAACAUGCUACCCCUUCUUAAUUGGCUGCUUUCCUUUCUUCUUUUCCUGCUCCUUCUCUCUUUUGGCCAUCAGCCAAUCAGAAAGAGUUUGCCUAACCGGAUGUUGCAUGAUCUUAGAAGGUUAGCGUGACGACCGUAGCUUGUGUCAUUCCCUAUAGGACACUUUAGCUUAGCAUCAUCCACAUCUGCUUUCUCUAUCUCUCUAUCCCUCUCUCUCUCUCUCUCUCUCUAUCCCUCUCUCUGCCUCUGCAGCCGCUGAAGCUCUGACCUGCUUGACCAGACCACUGAGGGUCUCGUUGAAGGAGAAUUCAGUUGCCUUUCAGAGUAUUUUUUUACAAAGCCCAGCACUGGUGGACACAUUGAACUGGACUGCUGUGUGCGUGCGUGUGUGUGUGUGUGUGUGUGUGUGUGUGUGUGUGUGUGUGUGUGUGUGUGUGUGUGUGUGUGUGUGUGUGUGUGUGUGUGUGCGCUGCCUCUGGUACGACGCGUACAUGUUUGAGUGGUGUGUGUGUGUGUAUGUGUUAGCUGUGUGAGUGUGUGUGAGGGGUGACCACUGUCCUCACACACUCUCCUGACUGUGGUCAUGGUGAGUGCAUCCAGAGAAUGUUUAACCAACACUAGUGGCUUUUUCAUAAUCAGAUGUCUGUUUGGAGUUCCAGAGAGACUGUGAGAGCAGAUUUGGAGUUCCAGAGAGACUGAAAGAGCAGAUUUGAUUCCUUGUGUACUUAGAGAACUUUGAGAAUGGAGUGAUCAGAUGAAAGGAGAGAAACAACAGACCACGACACAAAUCAAACGAACUGAGAGAAAGUGCUCAGUCUCCUGCUUCUAGAUGAAGUGUAGAAGAAACUGUUUAUUCCACUGAUAAUUAAUUCAUUUUUACCAGUUAUAUACAUACAUAUAUAUAUACAUAUAUAUUUGAAAGAAAAGAAGUAUAUAGAUAUAUGAUUAUAACAUUUUGUCAUAAAUAUAUGAAAAGAAACUUAUAUAUGGUAUUAUACAUUAAUAUAAAAAAGGCUACUAUGAACAUGAAUUUUCCCAAUGGUCAUCCCUUUCUGGACCGUAGCAUGAAAACCUGCAUCAGUUGUUGAUAUGUUGACAGAUUUGGAUUUGAUUUUAUUUACUGGAUUUGUUUGAUUGUAUUGUUUGUUUGUUUUUGUGAAACCUUGUCUUCCGUCUCCCUUGAGGGUGUCCCAAAGUGACGCCACAGUGAACUCUGACCUCUAAUGACCUCAUAGCCUCUUGGCGGCUGGGUGUGUUGCCGUGGAGAUGCGCGUCGUCAGCGAAGUGCCCUUUACCAGCAUGGCAUGGAGGAGACGUCAGGCCCCGCCCGAGAGCCCGACACACACUCUGCACCACUCAGCCCAGCUCAGCCCACCAGUCUCUCUCUCUCACACACACUCUCACACACACUCACACACACUCACACACAUGGGAGACUGUGAGGGCUGGAGAAAGAGUCCUGCAAUAACCAAGGAGCCUUCUGAGCCGAGGAGUAAAGGAGAUAAUACAAGACUCUGUAUACACACACACACACACACACACACACACACACACACACACACACAUACAAACACACACACACGCAUUAACACUCUUACACACAAACACACACAAACAUAUACAUCUCCACUGUUCUAUCUGACCUGCUCAUACAGCUUCCAACACACACACACACACACACACACACGCGCACUAGCGCAUGAGAUCUCCUGUGGCACAAGAGGCUGCCUCAGAAGGGUUUUUAAACACACUCCAGACCAGAUCUGCAGAGGCCACUGUGAGUGGCCAAUUCAUUUGGGCUAAAUUAUUACCUUUAAUAACACGCUUUUUUGCUUUUCUAAUUAUUAUUAUUGUUUGUGGUCACUUAUGUUGUUUUUUGCUUUUUGUUUUUUGUUCCCAUGGUUGUAUUUUGUAGCUUGUGAAAUUUAAUGCUUAGAGGAUGACUUUUUUAAACGGUUCACCUAGUCUGAAUUUUAGAAUGAUCAAAUCAGCAGAAAAGAAGGACAAACUCCUCUGAAAACUACUUACAGCUGUACAUAUGGACAGAAAUUACAAAUAUUUGCUUUUUAUAUCAAUUACAAGCAAUGUAUAUACAAUAGUUUUCAUAUAAAUUUUUAAAAGUCAAAAAAUAUAUAGAUCUAUAUAUGAAUGUUUGGCAUAUAUGCAUAGUUACCCACCUGUGGAAAAGGGGGAAGAUUUUAUUCUUUCUAUGAACUCUGAAUUAGGGGAUGAUUUGCACAAAAUAAGGUGCUAGCAUUCAAGCCAUCCAUCAUCAAAGCGCUAACAUCCUGCCAUGUCCCGCCUCCUACUGUUCAGAAACACACACACACACAGACACACACACUAGCAUCCACACUCUCUCACAAACACACACACCCUCUAUGCCACGUCCUUUGACCUUUCAUCCCACCUAGCUCUGUUCCCUUCUGUGAUUGGCCCUUACUGCUUUCAUCUCUGCGUUUCAUUGGCUAUCACUCAAAUGUGACGAUCACUUAAACUCCAGCCCACUGACACCCAGGGUCCCACCACCCUGAUCAUCAUGAGAGGUCACUGGCUGAUACAGGCCGGUCAGUUCCAUCCGCUCGGCUGUGUCACUCGUGGUUUUCACAAGAGCUUCAGAAUUUCCACUUUCAGGCAACACCAAGUUCCAAGCGCUUCAUUCAGAAAGCUUUUGAACUCUGCUUUCUUCCUCUCAAUCACCACUCAUGAUCUGGCAUGAACCUGUAAGCUGUGUUUGAGUGUGUGUGUGUGGUGUCGUGUGUGUGUGUGUGUGCCCUGUGACUGAAGCCCUCUACUUUGUAGCUAUGGUCAUAUGAACCCCCCUAUAUCAGCUAAGGUACAAACACACACAUAUACACACACACACACACUUCCUUGUGUGUAGUUUACUCCGCCCCUGACCACCAAUAGAACUGUGAUCCCACAUCACCAUCCUCCCCAUCCCAUCCUACCCCAUUCAGUCUACUCCAUCAGUAACUGCACAUGCUGUGAGCGUGAGCAUCCAUUGCCAAGGAAACAGUCUCAUGCCAUGUGUGUCUGUCCCUGGUUGUUUUCUGGAGGCUUGUUGGUUUGUUUGUUUGGCUGUGACUGCACCGCCUGCUGUGACUUUACACACCUUACAGCGACACUGUGGCUCAUCCUCCCCCAUCACCACACACACACACACACUGGCGGCCAUCUUGAGCCCCUCCUAUGCGGUGCUCUGCUAUGUUACUGUGACUAUGCUGUUGCCAUGGUAAGGCUAAGGAAGAGAGCACACAGCAGCCGGUCACUGGACCAGUCUGGGUCGGACUUGGGCCACAUGUGUGGGCCAGAGGAGACUACCGUUAUGGAACCCAGAGCUCACAAGAGCAACGGCUGCCCCAUUAACAACCCCAUGCCCAAUUAAUAACCCCCAUGCCCCCUUAAAAAAAACCCUGCCCAAACACAACCAAUCGCCCAACAUCAGUACCACUUAUCACCCCCCUUCACAAUUACCACUAAACUCCCAACAUCAGGACCUCUGACUGCCCCAACACACUCCCUGCCCUGUCAGCUGACACACACUCAUAAUGUCAGAGCCAGUCCAACAGGUGGCACAAAUCCACCAGCUGCAGACCACACAGGCUCAGACGCAGGUGACAUAUUGACCAUCCAUUUGAUAUGUGUUUGACAAUAGCACACCUGCCCCUAAACUACCUGGGGACAGUUAUCUAUGAGGAGCUCAGUGUUUAAAUCACCCUUAAUGCCCCCCCCCCCCCCCCCAUGCAUACACACACACACAC